AAAGCAUCUUGUUUUCUUGGCAAACAGCUGCUGGUGUAGUGUGCGGUACCCUGUGAUGGAUAUAGAAACUUAACUGCUUCAAACCAAGCAACACAGCCCCUAGAUAUACCUCCCUUAUUCAACAUGCAUAUCUUCACCUAUCUACUAACAUUAACAUAUAUAUUAGUAGUAUGCUCCUUCAAGUUCAUCAUUCUCUCUAGCUAUAUUAAUAUCCACUAUUGUUUAGUGUUCCAUAUGGUUGUUCUAAUUGUACCUCGUUGGUUGCUGUCCCUUGUUCUUCUCCUUCACUUUCUGUUGUGUUGCUUAGGAGCAAAUGUUGUCACCGUUAAUGUUGCUGCUGCCAAGGGCCUUAUCAACACCGGCUACCUUUAUCUCGAUGUCAGAACUGUUGAAGAGUUUAGAAAAGGGCAUGUAGAUGCUGCUAAGGUCGUUAACAUUCCAUACAUGUUGGAUACACCCAAGGGUAAGGUGAAGAAUCCAGACUUUUUAAAAGAGGUUUCAUCUAUUUGUAACAAAGAAGAUCAUCUCAUUGUGGGUUGCCAAAGUGGAGUAAGAUCUCUGUAUGCAACUACCGAUCUUGUUGCUGAUGGCUACAAGGAUGUGAAGGACAUGGGAGGGGGUUAUAUGGAGUGGGUCAAAAACAAGUUUCCAGUGAAAUCAUCAUUAGGGAAAAAGGAUCUCUAAAGUGUUGUUGAUGAUAGGAACAUAUUUUCCAUCUUUGAGUUGUACAAUUGAAAUAUAUAGUUCUUCUUGUUAAUUGUUUGUAUCCAAAGUAUUUGGCAUACACAAUACUCAUUAAUUA